AGCUCUCUAUAGUCGCACCCGCCCUGUUUUGCUUCCACUGCCUCUGUAUUUCCACAACGUUCAAGGAGAUUCACCUGUGCGCCCGCGUCGUUCCAGGCUCGGUGACGCUGCGUCCCGCUUUCGGGAGUAUUUUGGUGAAACGGGCAAUUGAGAAAGAACACAGACCACAUUUUUUUUUUUUUUACAAUAACUGCACUUUCAAUUGCAGUACCGUGCAAAUUAAAAUAAAAUGGCAGAUCCAAUGACACAGUCUCCUCAGAUAUCGUCGUCGCAAGGAUUGAACGAUGGACACACUGCAGCGUCUAAAGACUCAAAGUUUUGCGAUUCCUUUUUUUCCUCUUCGCCUGUAUCUCUCAUUCAGUCUUCACAAGACAAAAGGGUGGUGCUGGGCUCUGACAAGCCUUCAGAUGGCGUGGCCACCUCCCUUCGGUUUUCCUCCCAGCCAAGUUCCUUUUCUCCCGUGGCCUAUGGAAAUGAAUCCUCAGGUCUACCCAGUGGAACUAUAGAUCGUAGUUUCCAAGAGAAAAGGCAGCUUUUUGAAUCAUCACUUCAAUCUCAAAAGCAGGACACGUCCCCCAUAAAGGUGUCCCCUGUUUCUGAGCGAAUCAAAGCAUUGGAAGCUCUAGCUGCAAAGCAGAAUGAUUCUGAUUGGGGUGAUGGAGGGUUUCCUCAUUUUAGAGAGCGCCACUAUGAAAAGUCUCCUACUGAGGUACGUGGAAUGUCUUCCCGUUCUUCCUUUAAGAAAAGCACUAUAUCCCCUGAGCAAGAAUCUCCAGAAUCACCCUUUGAAAUACUUGGAGAUUCCAGGCGUGGAAGUGACUUUGAGGAUACUGCAGACUGGAUGAAAGCUCAUUUGCCCCCAGCGCCAGAAUUCAGCACUGAAGAGUCUGACUCUGGUGAAAUUAAAGAGUCUUUAGUACUUUAUGAGAGUCCAUCCAAAGAGAUAAAGGGCAAAGAUACCAAUGCGCCUCUCAUUCCUGAAUCUUUUGUAGGCGUUCCUGAUGAAUUCAUGGACACUCCUACUAAAGAAGCUAAACAAACAAGUGAAGAUAGUAAAGAGUCCAAGCAAGACAGUGUUGAGGAUGAGUCUGAAUUUGAUCUCAGAUUUUUACCUACAGCCUACAUGUGGGACAAACAAGAGAAACCUGAUCUGGAACCAUCAGAUCUGUCUGGAACGCAUGACUCAGGGAUACCUGCACCUCCUGCUGGGUUUGAGUCAUCUUCGGUGCCUUCUUUGCCUCCUGCUCCCCAGGUAGACACCAGUGUUAAGCAACAGCCUGCUAUUAAGAGUGGUGCGUCUGAGCCAGCAGAGAUCCUUGAAAUUGACAGCUCAGGUGAAUCUGAUGAUACAGUGAUAGAGGGAGCGAGUGGUGUCUAUCCUGAUACAGGCACUGAUGCUCCUGACUCUGAGCCCUUUACUGGCAAGGAGGAAUUUCCACACAAGCAAGUAAUGCACAGCAUUAGUGUGCCAAUCAUUAAUGUCAUUGAGACAGAGGAACAGAUUCUAAGUGAUGAUGAAAUGGAGCCAGAGGAGGAGGAAGAAGAAGAAGAAGAAGAAGAUGAUGAUGAUGAUGAUAGAUAUCAGAUAAUGCGAGAGCCAGCCAGAGAAGCUCCAAAACCAUCUGGUGAACACUCAGAAGUUCCAAUAUCAAUAUCUGAAGAGGCUCCCCCAAAAACAGAGGAAAUUGACUCACAGACAAAUAUUCCAGAUGUUGAUAUAGAAUAUCCAUCAAAACAUGAGUUAUUGAAAGAUGACAUUAGUGAUAACAGUUUUAACCAGACUUAUCCUGAUGUAAAGGGUACCAGUUCAGAGGUCUCUCAAACACAAGCAGAAAUAUCACAGACUACAGAUGACAUUUUCAGAGAAUCUUACAUUAACACGGUUAAAAAUGAUGAGAUUGCAGAAAUCCCAUCUGACCUCCCUGCUAAUUAUGAAAAUCUCUCAAAUGAAAUUGAGUCCAGUGAUAUUGAUACAUACUUGGAUCAUUAUUCCAGUCAGGAACUAGCUUUAAAAGACCAACUAACUUCAGGUGUUUUUAAUGAGAAUGAUGGUGAAUUGGAUGAGUUAAGGAAACCUUUUGAUGUCCAGUACAAUCAGAAUAAUACUGUGUUUCCUCAGCAAUCAUUUGAGGAAACUCUUGUUGAUGAAUUUGAUGAGACACUUAUUGAAAGUAAACUUGACAAUAAUAAAGCGUUUGAGCCAGCUCCUGUUGGAAUUUCAGCAGAUGUCCACAGUGAGCCUCUGCUCCCUCCAAAUGACAUGUCAAAUCCUGAACUGGAGGAUCAGUGUGUGGAUCUAGAAGACCAGAAGACAAUAACUGCACUGGGCAGCUAUUCUCAGAUAGAAGAGGACGAUUACAUCUGUCAGCCAAUAGGCGGACUGCCCUCUGUUCAGGAGAAUGCUCCUGCUCCCUUCCCAUCUUUCCAUAAUGAUCCAAUGGACAAAAUCAAUGAGGUGAUUUCUGAUUUUGCAGCCAGUGAUGUAACUGCAGGAUCAAUGAUGACCAACUCUGAAAAAGGGGAUCUAGUAGAACAUGAUGCCCCAGACAGUCAGAUGUCACCAAAACUCAUAAGUCAGCCUGAGAGCCCUGAACCAGAAUGCCCCAAAAUUGCAGCAACAGACAGCUUUGUGGAAUUCAUGAGGGAGUGCUUGAAGUCGCGUGAGGAUGAACCCUUAAGUGUUGGUCCAGAAAUCCACAGUGUUGGCCCUCCUUCCCCUGCCAUGAUUAUGGACCUGGAGCAAGAACGUCUCACUAUCAGUGCUCUCAAAGAGCUUGGGAGCAGCCAAGAGGAAGAGGAUGAAAUUCCUAACAAAGGAUCCCCACUGUCUUCAAAGGAGGAUAUGGCUUCAAAGUCUAAAUCUGAGGCUUCCUUUGCCUCAAGUCUCUCACCUCAGAAUCUUCCAAAUGAGUAUCAGCCAGAAACCUCGUUAGCCAAAGAGGUAGAGGCAUUUGACAUUUGGGUGGCAGAAGCCUACCACCUCGCAGAGCAUGUGUUGGCAGCAAUACUAACCCACCUGUCAGUACACGACUUGGUGCACUGGCGAGACCCAAAGAAGUCGGGCGUGGUUUUUGGCACCUCCCUGCUACUACUGCUGUCACUGGCGGCAUUCAGUGUGAUCAGCGUCAUCUCCUACCUGCUCCUGGCUCUGCUCUGCGUCACCAUCAGCUUCCGCAUCUACAAGUCUGUCGUCCAGGCUGUGCAGAAGUCCAACGAGGGCCACCCCUUCAAAGCUCUGAUGGAGAAGGAUGUCAGUGUGCCUCCUGAGACGUUCCGGAAGCACGUGGAUCAGUGUCUGACCCACAUCAACCGCGCACUCAAGCAGAUGAGCCGUCUCUUCCUAGUGGAAGACUUGGUGGAUUCCCUUAAGUUGGCGGUGGUCAUGUGGCUUCUGACAUACGUGGGUGCCGUCUUCAACGGCAUCACCAUCCUCAUCCUUGCGGACAUCCUUAUCUUCAGUGUGCCACCACUGUAUGAGAGAAACAAGACCCAGAUCGAUCACUACAUUGAUGUGGCACGCACUCACAUCAAUAGUACAAUGGCCAAGCUACAAGAGAAGCUUCCUGGAGCACUGAAGCGCUGUAAAAAGGAAUGAUCCGCCUCUGCUGUCCCCUUUUGACCUCCUCCGGAACCCUUCAACCUCUAACCCCCAGUCCUUCCUUACUCCUCUCUCUACCCCCCUCUUUUCCUGUUCAUCCUUCUUUUAACUACCACCCCUCCCUCCCUCACCAACCAUCUGCACUGAACCAGCUAGUCUCUAAAAUCUCCGAAGCUUCUCUAUAUUCGCUGUUAACUACGCAGCUCAACUACGAGCAUUAGGGAAGAUGCUUGGGGCUCCAGCAGCUGGUGAUUUUUUUUCGAACACAGGAAAUGAUGUAAUACUGCGACUGGAUGCUCAUUUGUGGUGCCCGACGUUGGGCAGGGUGUGUGAACUAGACUUAAUGUAUGACCUGGUUCUGCUGUCUGUAGGAGCUGUGGUGUUAUACGAAUAAAUCAAAGAAUAAAUAAAUAGACAAAGACAGAUAUUUGACUCGGAGGCAAACAUCUGUACUUUAAAGGAACACAUUUCACAAGAAAAAAAAAGGAAAAGUGAAACAUCCUUGGAAGAAACUGGGUGGAGGGAGAGAGUAGUGUGACUGAUCUGAUCCUGUUUGUGGUGGCCCCCUUAUCUUCAGAACACAUUUUUGUGUAUGAUGAAACUACAGUGCACUGUGAUACAAGUAUUACAAGGUCCACACAUGAUUGACUAGGAUGGAGGAGACACUGCACCAGCUGUCAUGGUUGAGUCUAGUUUGCUGUCCUGUUUUGUUGGGUUUUUUUUGUUUGUUUUUUCUGCAUUUAUUUUUUGUGUAUGUGUAUAUAUAGUAAGAUUACAACAGGCUCUUUGCUGUGAAGAAAUAGUUAGCAUUUGCUUUUUGUAUUUAAAACCAUCUCGCAUCUAAGACUCAGCCUCUUGAGUUGACAUGUAAAUGAGUGUUGUUAUGGCUACUGUUUUGAUUAUUCUUAAUAGAUCACCUGUAAGAUAGCUGCUCUUGACUCCCCAGUCCAGCAUUGGCAUCUUAGUGAUUAAUAUUAAUUAUAUAAUGCUUGAGGUUUCUGUAAGGAAUUUUCAGAGUGUCAGAGUAGUGGAGGCAGAAGGCCUAAGCGUGUUGCUUUUAGGAAGAGAAAGUUAAAAGUGUGAGAAACGUUGGUGCCCAGUGAAAAAUGGACCAGUCUUCCCAAGCCAUAUCAUUGCAUAAGAACACACUGAAAGACAAAUACUGGUCUUGGAUUGGCCUAUGGAGCAAUGAUACUAACACUGCAUGUGUGGUUUCUUGUCAUAAUGAGUGUAUUUGAACUGGUAUAUUCCAAAAUUUUCAUUCUUAAUGGAAUGAUGCAAAGCAUAUGUCUUUGCAAAAGCAGGAAACAAUAUCACCAGUUGUAUUGGCUUACAGAGUGUUUCAAGAGGGCGGGGAGGAGGCCAUUGUAAUAUCACAAGCACACCAGUCUUUAUGUAAUUACAUCUGUAUCGAUACACUAAAAGGCACUUGAAGGUGAGCGGGAGAAAUGAAUGCACUUAGCUUACCGCCUGGUCUGUCAUUAGGCACUGGAUUCCACCCGGGAACGUCUGUAUGCAUUUCUAUGAAGUGCCACCACAGGUUCAAAAGUGUGUCUGUAUUUAUUAACAUACCAGUGGAUGAAAACAGUACAAGAUUAAAACAGUAAGUACCUGUAAUACUACUUCAAAGGUGUCUGUCAACUGCUGAAAUGUUUCGUUCUGAUAUCUACAGAGAGUCCGGACUGAUCUAUGUGAUCCUGCACUGUCACAGUGGAGCUUGUUUUGGUGUGGCCUUAAUUUGGCUCAUAUUGAUUGUUUCCCAGAGGGCAGGUCCGCCGAACACAGAAACUCCACCAGAGAGCCGAGGAUUUUUCCACGCUGUCCUGCCCUUUAAAGCCCAGUCGUAGUCCCUGGAUCCUUGAUCUUUAUUUUUCCACAUUUGUUUCCUUGCAUGCAUGCAACAGCAGAGACAUGCUCACCAACAUUUGAUGUGUGUACCAGUUCCCAUGUGUCACUGAACUAACAUGCAUCAUGUUAACUCUUGGGUCCUGGGUAUGGUGGUGCUUGAAGAAUAGGAUAAGCUCCAGCAGCUAGUUUUUACACUUGUACCCUACCCCCAACAUUAAGUUAAAGAAAUACUACCUUUUUAAUAGAUGCAAACCUGUCUUUGUUUCUGUCUAGACAACUCGUGCUGUUUUCUCUGUAGUGUUUUGAUUAAAAGCCUGCAGAUUUUCACCUUAAUCCAAUAGUUUAACAGAUGUCCUAUUAGUUUAACAACUGUCUCCCUUUUUUUGGUUUGAAUUUCUCUCUUGGGGAGGGAGUUUCAGAAGUCAUGUUUUCUUUGGGUAUCAUUGAUUUUUGCCUUUGAAUCUUGAUAACUAGUUGUAAUAACUGAUAUAAAUGUUCACUUUGUUAUGGGUUAAGUUAAUUGGAAAACUUCAGAAGAAAAAAAAUGGAGAGAGAAAAAAAUAGUAGUCCCUGUAAUUGUCAAAGUGAAAUUAAUAAAAACAUUAGAAUGA